UGUUAUGCUAAAUUAUAAAGUAAAGCCCUGUGGUAAAGCCACCAAGACGUUAGAAAGUGUGAAGAUUGAUUGAUUUUUCACUCAUUGAAUUCUUUCUCUAUAUGCCGAUUAGUUUAUUACGAAAUAAUAUAAAUACUUAAUUUGCAAGUUAGAAGAAAACAAGAUAAUUGCGAUCAAAUAAAAUGUUUAUUGGAACAGCUAAAGAAAAAUUCAAGUUUCAUAACACUUUACUGUGUCUUGUUCAAGCUAUGCAAGGAAAAAAUAUAACAGUGGACUUGCGUAAUGAUUCUUGUAUCUGUGGACGAGUUGCCAGUGUAGAUGGUUUUAUGAACAUUACUUUUGGCAAUGCAGUAUAUUGUGACCCCCAAGGAAAUGAAUAUCAGUUUGAUGAUUUGUUUUUACAAGGUCGAAAUAUUAGAUAUGUGCAUAUUCCUGAAACUGAUUCUAUACUUUCAACAAUUCAAAAAGAAAUAGGCAGAGGCAAAAAGUCAAAACCUGACAGGAAUGACAUAAAAAAUUCAAGAAAAGUGAAAAAGGCAAUGAAGCAGCACAUGGAGACUGUAGCUUCACUGGAAAUGAAUUAAGUUUAUCUAUUAAAGCAUAUCACCCUUUUAUUUGUAGUUUAAC